AUGGAGCAUUUAUCUGAAAAAGCAGCUGAACGGCUCCAUGCUGAAAUAAUUAAUGAAGCAGACACACCUCGCACCCGUGACCUCAAGCUCUUACGGGCCAAGCGCUUAGCUUACUAUGGAAGGUGUGGAAGGACAAAGAUUUACUCUUGUGGUACUGAUGAUAAACCAAGUUCAUCAGCUUCCAGAGGAGCAGUUUUACAUUCUGCAGUGAGCACUAAAGAAGAAGAAAAUCAGACUUCCACAUUAAGUGGCUCUCAGCAACCCAAUAAUGCAACAAAUGGAAGGAAACUUUUAAUUCAGAGAUCAUCUGGAGUAAACGAUCAAGGAAAAGAGCAAGAAACAGUUAUCACAAAUCCAGAAACACAUAGCAAAUAUAUGAGCCAGACCUGUAUUUCAGAAUUAGAUCAUAGACUACUUGAGGAUCUGACUGUUCCAGAGACACACAAACUCCAGCAUGUUAUGAGUUGGGCACAAUUGGUCCUUAGUAAAUCUCAGCAAGCAGCUCAUAUGCUGAAAUGCUCACAGUUAUCUCAAGGACUUAUUUUGCCUCAAGGCAAUGAAAGUGAAAUAGCACUAAGCAGGGAGACGAAAGAAACCAGAAGCUCAUCUAGUUCUUUGUCAUCAUUGACAGAUGAUUUUAACCCCAAUGCACAUGCUAAUAUUUGCAAGAGUUCCAGCUUUUCUUCAAUCUCUGAAGUUAACUCAGAGCAUACAGAGAGGUGCAUUUCUCUUGAUCCUUUAAGAGAUAAAACAUUAGCCCCUGAAAACAAAUAUUUCUAUAACAUUCAGGCUAAUAAUAAUAAUAAUAAUCAGAGAAAGACAAUAAUUAGCAUCAAGAGAGAGAGAAGGAACCCUGAGAUCUUCCCAUGUAUUUUUGGCCAGCUUGCACUUGCUGAUGAAACCUGGAACAGCAAAGAAAAAUCAAAAUUUCAAAAUAUAAGUGAGAAAGAUAUGUGGUCAGAGAUGCAUAGUGUCCAGCCACAACCUCCAGUUGUGUGUAAAACUGACAAUUCAAGUAAAACUGCAGAGGCUCCACAUGAAGAUCCUAGUACUUAUUUUUGGGCUCCCCUAGCUGAUAGUUCAGAUGAGGAAUGCACAGACAGAACUGUGAAGACAAAGAGAUCAAAUAGGUCUGGUGCUGAGAUCAAGGAGCACAAAAAAUCUUCACACAGCAUAUUUUCACUUAAAGAAAAAAAUAUAAAAUAUUUGAGUUCUGGUGUGCUGGGAGGUAGUAUUGCUUCCAUGAGGAAGAUGCACAGCAAUGGAAAAUGGUCCGUGGGAGAAAACCUCAUAUUAGAUAACAAAGAAAAUUAUAAACACAAAGAUUUCAACUUGGCCUUAAAGGCUCAUGGCUGCAGUGAAGGCAAGGUUAUUGCAGAUAGCAUCAAGGGGGAGGCUGAAAACAGAUGUAUCCCCUUCUUUAGUGAAUCUGAGGUUGAAAAUGAUGAAUUGGAAGAUCUGGUGGUAGAUUUUACAUCUCUGAAGAGAGAGAAAGAUCAUAGAAAUGAAUCAAGAUUCAAGGAUAUGGAAGACUCGCAUUCCUCUGAGGCGAGGAAAUGGAUUGGAGAAGAGCAAACAGACAGUAUCUUCAGUAGCACAAGUUUUGAUAAUAGUAUGGGUAAAGGAAAUAACUACAAGAGAGCUCAAAAAGAAAUAGAGCUAAAAUGCUCUAAGAUAGAUCCAGCCAUGCAAAGUAGCAAUCCUUUGCUGAAUUCAUUAGUGAACCGUCCGGAACACACUUUUAAAGUUUGCCCUGACUGUGAAAGUCUCAGUUAUCCAGAUAUGACUUGGUGCAGUGGAUGUGGUUGUGUUUUAUUAGGUGUAUUAACACAGUCUCGUAAAGACAACAUGGAACAUAAAUCCAAAGUAUUCCUAGGAGAUGUGACUGACAAGCAGAAUAAUGUUUUCAGUCAAGUCAUCAAAUCUUCACAAGUUUCAGAAAGCAGCUCAGAGGAAUUCCCGAAACUAAGAGAAAGAAGUGAUGAUUGCCAAAAGAUAUGCUGGGAUGAUAAGCCACUGUUAUAUUCAGACUGUGAUAUUAGUGUUUUGGAUAAAUAUUAUUUUUAUUUGGAUCAGUUAAAUAAGGCCAGAUGUCUUCAUCCCAAAGAGAGAAACCAGCCAUUUUCUUUCCAAGAAUACCUUGGAUACUCUAAAGAGGAAAAGAUCGCCAAACAUCUUGAGGAACAAGAGAACAGCCAUCUUGAAGAACAGGACACGUCUGAAGGAGAAUCUACUUUUAUGAAACUUUUGGAUGAUCUUGAGUUGAAUAGUAAAACAGAGCAGAAAAAAAGCAAAGUUUCAAUAGAUAGGAAACUCUCAGAAACCAAAAGCAUUAGAACAAAACUGACUGGUUCUAAGAGGUAUUGGGAGAAAUCCAGCAUUGCAUGGUCAUCUUACACACAUGGAGAACUGAAGCCAAGAUCACAAUGUGUACAAAGACCAGUCUCAGCUGAUGUAGGCAAGAAGAUGAUCUAUAUAUCUCAAAAUAUUCAGCCUUCAGGCACUGACUCCAAGCAACCUUGCAAAAGUACAUUUCAAGGUUUUGAGGAAACAGUAAAUUGGGAUAAUAACUGUGAGAGUGACCUCUCAGUUUGGCUGCUUCUUCCUGAUGAACUGUGGCUAUGCAUCUUCUCAUUGUUUUCCCAUAAAGAGCUUUCUCAGGUUGCCCAAGUCUGCCACCGUUUCCACCAGCUUGCGAGGGAUGAGUCCUUUUGGAGGCAGAUUCAGAUUUUAGAUUGCCAUUGCUUGAAUGAUGAGUGGCUGAUCCACCUGGGACUACACCAUCCCCAGUGUUUCACUCUUUACCAUUGCCAUGAUGAAACACAGAGGAUUACUCAUAAGGGGUUAAUGAAGUUCUUUCAGCACUGCCGAGACUCUCUUAAGGAAUUGAAGAUAACAAGCUGCAGUGGUCCUAGGUUGCGAGGAGACACAAUUCUUCUCCAUGCAAGCUCCUUUUGCAGCCAGCUGACAUCCGUGGAUAUAAGCUGGACAGGGGCUACUGAUUUAGGGGUCAUUGCUCUAGCAGAAGCUUCUUUAAGCCUCCAGGCCCUUUCUGCUAAUGGAUGCCAGCUGACAGAUGAUGCUAUAAAUGCCUUGAUUGAAAAGCAUGGGAAAAGUCUCAGUAAACUAGAAAUAUUUGGCUGCCAUGCUCUUACUAACAAGUGCCUGGGUUUCAUGGCUAGAGAGUGUCCAAAUCUGCAGACGCUGAACAUUGGCAGAGUCCCCAAGGUUACUGAUGUCUGCUUGGCGAAGAUAGUGAAUUGUCUGAAAAAGCUAACUACACUCAAUAUAACUGGGCUCAAUGUGGUACGAGACCGUGUUGUCCACUUUAUUGUAACACAGUGUCCUAAACUGGAGUGUCUGGUUCUCAGCUCCUGCUCCCAAGUGACUGAUAUAAGCCUAGUGGAAAUUAGCACCUACCUGCAAACAAUCAGGUAUCUUGAUGUGAGUUGCUGUAAAAGGGUGACUGAUGUAGGAAUUCAAGCUUUGGCAGGGAGCUGCCGCCAGCUUCAUUACCUUGAUCUGAGCUCUACAGGAACAAGCAAGAGGGGGGUCUGCUUGUUGGCCAGCUUCUGCCAUAUCAGUUUGGAAUGUGUGAAGCUCAGUUUCUGCAAGGAUAUCACUCUGGAGGCAGUUAAAAAACUCUGCAAAAACUGUAAAAGGUUGAAGUUGCUUCAUCUCUAUGGCUGCCACAUCACUGAUCUGGAGUCCAUUAAAGAAAUCAAUAAAACAGUGCAAGUGUAUCACGACCUCUGUUUCCCACCUGCUAAUAUUUAGUUGAAUGAGGAACUCUGUCUGUUGCUAUGGACACCUUGGCUUGUAAAUAUGACAAUGCUUCAGCAAAGAGAUGCUAUAUCAGUUAAUCUUGUACAUAUUUUUAAUUGUAAUCUCAGCACAGGGUUGGGAACCAUGAAUUCCUGAACUGUAAUCCUGACACUGACUCCGUUUCUAGUUUUGCCCAAGUCACUUACCUUCCUCGCAGGGGUGCUGUGAAGAUAAUGCAUGUGAUACAUUUUUAAGAUGAGAGAUAGAAUUCACAUGCUAAAUAUUACUAAAUGUAUUACCCUGGCUAUUUGAUUGGAAAGAAUAAAAACGUGGGUCAAAAUCCGCAGUGAUGUCAGUGGUGGUCAGCAGGUGUAAGCUCCGGUGUAAAAAAAAUGUUUGCAGUUGGCAAAGGAGUGUAACUUGCAGUGGCUGUGCACACUGAAUGAUAUACACCACUUGGUAUUCUGUGGGGAACAACUUUCAAAUCUUGUGUAAGCAGCUUCAAAUCCCAUUGAAGUCACUAGAAAAAAGAAGGGAAAGGGAAGAAGGCCACCAAAAUAGGGAAAACAGCAUACGCUGAAGUCCUCCCUCCACAACUAUUGUAUACCACAAAUCACACACCUCCAUCUUAACUCUGCAUUCCUAAGGAUGCCAAUCUUUCAUCAUCUCCUUUACCAAACACAUCUCUCCCAACACACUAAACUUCCAGUACUAAUAGUAGCGAGAAGGGGUAGUGUGGUAAAGAGAUAUGUAUGUCAAAGAGAAUUGUGAGGAGGGGCAGAGUUAAGGUUGUGGUAUUUUUUCUGUGUGCUUGUGCAUAGAGGAUUACAGGGUAUGUACUACUGCUCAACUUUUAACUUCUUUGUUUUUCUGGAGUUGUGAUGGCUGUUAUGUGAGCACAAACAUUUAGUUGUUUCACAACAAGAUUUUUUGAGUAUGUAUUACUGUUUCCUGUUGUACCCUUUAAUCUGCUUGCUGCUUUGCAAACAAAUGGCACAGUUCUGGCCCAAAGAGCUUAAACUGUCAAAAGACAAAACAAACAGGGAACAACAAACAGGUAAUGUGGCCAUAUAGUGAUUGGUCACAUGCUGAUAAUACAAAGUUUGAAUGGCAGAAUAUAUAUUUACACACACACACAACUACAUUAAAAGAACAUUAUUAAGAUUGCAAAGCUAAGUACUCAAAAGUUAGGAAAUGCCAGAAUUAAGGUUGCCUGUGCAAUUAAUAAUGAUCACAGUUCCUGGUUGCUCUGGGCCAUGCUGGGUCCAGGACCUGAAAGGAGAUCAGGGAGAUUCUCUCUCUCCUGUGCUGUAAAUGACCCUGCUGCUGUGGCCAGGCAGUGGGAGGAGAAAGCUGCCUGAUUAGAAGGUAGAGAGCACAAAAGUUGGUUCAAUGGUUGGGGGAAGGAACAAGGGGCCUGGAACAGAGGCUGGCAGUGAGGUGGAGAGGGAAACUGGAACUGGAUGCUGGGGUAGUGGGGGAGGCUAAGAUUUCAAUCUGGAAGACUGGAACUAGCUAGGCAAAGAGACUGGGUCUGGGAGCUGGGGGAAGACUGGGACUGGCAACCUUAAUUAGGAUGCCCUUGUGCAUGCCACUGAGAAGAGAAUUUAGCCCCAGGAACUCUGUUUAAAUAAGUCUCUUCUCCUCUUUCCCAUUCCUGUUAGGCAAUGUAAUAUGACACCAGAUAAUAUCACAACUGUAGCCAAAAUUAGUGGGAUCCUCAUUUCUCCUUAUAAUGUAAAUGAUUAACUUAUUUGAUAUGUAGUGGAAAAAUGCACAAUUUAACACUUCAGUGAUAUUGUUUUAUACUGAAUUUAAAAUGUGUCCAACAUAGCACCAGUGAAACUGAUUUUAUGUCAUGUACACUUCAGGUUCUGUUCAAACAGAAUAUUUUAGGUUGUGAUAUUAUGUUAGGUACUCUGUAUUCACACACAGGCUAACACAGCAUGAUUUCAUACCCUGCUACUGUCUUAUUCAACCAUAAAUUUUCUGGUGCUGAAACUGGUUUUGAAGUGUGGUUGGAGUUAUCUUUUGUAGUCGGUGAAAGUAAGCUGGUAUGAGCUGGUACGGUGUACCGGUAAAAAGUGGCCGCCUGUACGCAGCCGCCGUUAAAGUGCUGUCACAGCAACGGACCCUGCUUAAAGCGCUACCGUGGCAGCGCUUUAAUGUUGCUGCCCCUUUUGCGCUCGCCCCCCCCAGCCACUGACAGGGGUGGAAGGGGGCAAUAGGUGCAGCUGCCCCAGAGCCAGUGAUUUAAAGGGCCCAGGGCUCCGGCUGCUGCUGCUGCUACCACGGCAGCGACCAGAGCCCCAGGUGGUGCAGGCUAGUGUGUCCUACAGGCCCGCCCCUUCUGGGGGUCAGAGCCAGCCCCCAUACUGCUAAGUGUUGAAUGUUACUUUCAACCCUGUUUGUAAUAAGACAAAAAGACACUGAAAAUUAUAUCUCUAUUUCUAAGAUGGUUGUAACCUUGGUAUCUACCUAUUGAAUUCAUAUGACUGCUUCUUUCUGUCUCCUGGGUAAAAACUACACUUAGAG